UUGUUCACAUUUGGUUCUCAAGUGAGGUAGAAUAUUUUCCAAUGGCAAUUUCACCAGAGUUGGAGCAUCCCAGGAAGGCUUUUGGAUUGGCAGCUAAGGACUCAUCUGGAGUUCUCUCUCCCUUCAUCUUCUCAAGAAGGGAAACUGGAGAGAAAGAUGUAAGAUUCAAAGUGCUAUUUUGUGGUAUAUGUCACUCAGAUCUUCACAUGUUGAAGAAUGAAUGGGGUAAUUCUGUUUACCCCGUAGUGCCUGGGCACGAGAUUGUAGGUGAAGUAACAGAGGUGGGAGACAAGGUACAAAAAUUCAAAGUUGGAGACAAGGUAGGUGUUGGGUGCAUGGUUCAAUCCUGCCACUCAUGCCAAAAUUGCAACGAAAGUCUCGAAAAUUACUGUCCAAAAGUGAUUCUCACAUACGGUUCCAAGAAUCUUGAUGGCACCAUCACAUAUGGAGGCUACUCCGACACAAUGGUCACCGACGAAAGCUUUGUGAUCAGCAUUCCAAAUAGCCUACCUCUUGAUGCUGCAGCUCCUCUCCUCUGCGCCGGGAUCACGGUGUAUAGCCCUUUGAAAUAUUUUGGACUUGAUAAACCUAACUUGCAAUUAGGUGUGGUUGGUCUUGGUGGACUUGGUCAUAUGGCUGUGAAAUUUGCCAAAGCUUUUGGUGCUAAGGUAACAGUGAUUAGCACUUCUCCUAACAAAAAGAAGGAAGCUAUUGAACUUCUUGGAGCUGACUCAUUUGUGGUUAGCAGUGAACAAGAUCAAAUGCAGGCUGCAACGGGCACCUUGGAUGGUAUCAUUGACACAGUUUCUGCCGUCCAUCCUUUGUUACCUUUGAUUGGUCUUUUGAAAUCUCAUGGAAAACUUGUUAUGGUUGGUGCACCUGAGAAGCCUCUGGAGCUACCAGUAUUUCCUUUACUUAUGGGGAGAAAGAUAAUAGGAGGGAGCCUGAUCGGAGGAAUUAAGGAGACACAAGAAAUGAUAGAUUUUGCUGCUAAACAUGACGUGAAACCUGAAAUUGAAGUUGUUUCAGCUGAUUAUGUGAACACUGCAUUGGAGCGUCUGCUUAAAGCAGAUGUCAAAUAUCGAUUUGUUAUUGAUAUUGGGAAUACAUUGAAGAGCUCUUAAUUUUUAAUUUUGCUUGGUCCAUCUUUUGAGAGGAAUUUUGCAUGGUUCAUUUUUUUCACAAAUAAAUGUAGUUGCUUAUUGGCUUUGAGUUUGCUCAUGGUAGUCUCAUAUUAUGAGAAAUUUCAGCAAAGUAUGUUCCCAUUUUAUGUCAUUUAGCAUAUCAAUAAAGUAUUAU